AUGGCUCCCGGUCUUACUUCCCCCAUUUCUCCCAUCCCGGGUAACUUAUCCUCCUCAUUUUACAGCGAGCGUCCUGCCGGUUCUCGUCAGGUCUCUACUUUCUCUGCCUACUUUGACAGUGACAAUAUCUCCCAAAACGGCCGCUCCGUGCGCCGGGAGUCCCGCAAGGUCAAUGGCGCUGGAACUUCCAACCUUUCCAGCCUCGUUCAGUCGCUUUACCAGCGUAGCGACAACGAGCUUGGUUCCCACGCUUCGGCCAAGCUUAGUGGUGUCAGCUACGAGUCACUGAAGGAAUGGAUCCGCAUUCAGCGUAUGAGCCACCUUCCCCCCGAGGGAAGCAGCUAUGACAAGGUCCUCGCCUGGGCGCAGCUCUUCAUUGACCGCUUGCACCACUUUGACUCUGGUAUCAGCCAGUUUGUUGGUGACAGCUGGCUUGCAACUCAGCUGUCCUACGGAUACUGUGGUUUGCUGCUUGACCUCGGCAAGGAGAAUGCUCCUGCUCUCAUGAUCUCCUUUGGAUUCUUCUACAGCACCUCAUCUGCCCUGGUCAACCUGCUGGAGCGUACUGAGCUCUUCAAGGUCUCUGCCGAGAUUAAGGAGCAGCUCAUUAUGGCUCUUGCUGACCUAGUGACCCUUGUUGCUAGCGUGUCUACUCACUUCCACCAAGCUAUUAACAAGGAUAGCAAUGCCUCGGUCUCUGUCAACAUUUAUGAGAAGUUUGCCGGUCCCAUCACUGCGUUCAAGGACCGCUGCAGCAAGAUUGCUGAGGCUAUGUGGCGCCAUCAGCUCGCUGAGCAGAACAUUGAUGCUGGUCGUGUCUCUGUUGUCAAGGCUGUUCGCGCCUGGCUCGCUCCUGAGGACCGCGUUCUGGCUCACUUGGCCGAGAACACUUCUCACCUCGCCCAUGAGCGUGAGGAAAUGACCUGUAUCUGGGUCUCUUCCUACCUAUCUCACUUCCUGAAGAGCUCUAACCGUGCUCUUGCUAUUACCGGUAAGCCUGGCUCCGGAAAGACUGUGACUGCCUCCGUUAUUAUCGACCGACUCCAGGAUUCCAUUGGUGGUGUGUCUUACAAGACCCUCUACGUCCCCAUCAAUGCCCGUGUUCCUGCUGAGACUACUCCUAUUGCCAUUGCGAAGACUAUUCUCUACCAGCUCUUUGAGAAGCGUAUUGGAAACGUCCAGCUUCUCAACAUCCUUGGCGAGGCUUACGAGCAAAGCAAGAAGAUCACCGUCGAGUCUGAGUACCAGGGUAUUCUCUGGACUGCUCUCGAGCGUGCCUUGGCUGCUGCUCUCCGCAAUGCCAAGGAGCUUGUCAUUGUUGUCGAUGGUGUUGACGAGGCUACUGGUGGAGAGGCCCCUCUUCUGCAGAAGCUGCUCACUGCUACUGCCCAUGGUACCAACGUCAAGUUGAUCACUCUUGGUGCUGAGAAGCCCAAGGGUGCGGAGGGUGUUAUGCAUGUUCCUAUCACCGAGGACAGAAUUGCCGAUGAUGUCUCUAUUGUCGUUCGCUCCAGCUUUGAGGAGCACGAGACCUUCGGAUCUCUGCCCGAGCUGGAACAGGAGACUAUCAUUGACCAGAUCACUGAGGGUUCCCACGGUUCCUUCCUGUGGGCCAAGCUUGCCUCUAAGCGUGUUCGCCGCGAGAAAACACCGGAGGGUAUGCACAAGGCCGUCGAGGAUGUUUUCAACAACAAGUCUACCGUCACUGAAUUUGUCCUCCAUGCUGUGCAAUCCACCGACAUUAGCGAUGACAGCCGCCUCGUUUUGCUGUGGCUUGCCACCGCCGAUCGCCCCUUCACAUUGAAGGAGCUUACCACUCUCUUCUCCAUUGAUGUUACCAAGCACACUGUCACAGACCGUGUUGUCAAGAUCCGGGACAUUCUGCGCCCCGUGGCCGAGCUGGUCUUUAUCCAGGAUGGCUUGGUGUACCUGCGUCAUGGCUUGAUCCGCUCCUCCGUGUUGGAUAUUCACUCCAAGGGCAAGCUGCUCCCUACUAUCAAGGAUCGCCACUCGGACUUUGUCACCCGCCUGUUCGUUUACAUCAAGAGUGUUCUGCCUGAACAGCACGAGCCUUCCCUUGUGACCCUUACUUACCAUGACACCUCCAUGUUUGUGCUGAAGAACCCACUGCUCGACUUCGCUGUCCGCUACUGGCCACGUCACUUGACGCAGACUACUGUCUACACCACUGGUGGUGAGGCUUCCACUGCGAAGGAGUUUGGCAAGGUGUUCCCCGCGACUAUUACUCUUCUGUUGCUUCAGAACACCUUGUGGCAGACUGUUGUCACCCCUACUCUGUUCACUUACCAGACUACGGUUACCAACUUGUGCCGCACUAUCCUGACUACCAAGAGUGUGGUUACCCUGCAGUCCAUCAUCUCCCUGGCUUUCUUCCAUCGUGACAUCAGCUUGGUCUCUGAAUCUAUUCCUUUCUUCUUCGAGAUUACCAUCCUGAGCCGCACUUUGCUUACCACCCAGCACAUUGUCACCAUGAAGAUCGCCAGCCUUUUCCUGGAGUUGACUUCUGAGCAGACCACCACCUCUCGCACUGAUAUCAUGAUCAAGCGCGAGGAGAUUCUUCUCCUUAUCGUGGAAUGCUACAAGACUCACUACGGCAAAACCUCCGAGCAGGUUGUUACCACUCUGAAGACUCUGAUUGAGCACUAUCGCCUGACCAAGGAGGAGAAGAAGAUCCAGGAAAUCACUGCCACUCUUCUCACCAUCACCACCACCUACGACGGUGGCGAUGACUCUCGUGGUGACCUUCACGUUCACCUGAAGGGUCACAAGCGCCAGGAGAGCGAAGGUGGUAUCCGCUUCAUCCUCGACGCCGAGGAGGACGAGUUCAUUGAUGAGAGCUUCAACUACGAGGCUCUCAUUCAGCAGGCUGAGAAGUACCGUGCUGAGGGCAAGAUCUCCGAGGCUGAGAGAAUUUACGUUGAGAUCUGGCAGCGCUCCAACAAGGAGAGCCGUGUCCAGUCCACCUCUUUCUGGGAGGAGAUCAAGCUGAAGGCUGUUGUUGCUUACUCCAAGUUCCUCAAGCAGGAGAAGCGCGAGACUGAGGCAUCUUCCAUCCUUUCCAGUGUUUGGGAGGAGCACCGCCACACCAGCCUGGCUCUUACUGAGCAGUCCUCCAAGCACUUCCAGGAGAUUGCCACUGUCAUGGCCACCGUGGGCUUGUCUGCUGCGGCUCUCGCAAUCUACAAACAGGUGUCUCAGUACUACCAGAGCACCAGCCAGACCAAGUCUUCUCACUUCGAGGAGAUUCAGAAGCGUAUCACCAGCACUUCUGAGCAGGUGAUGAAGUCUGUCAGCUCUUCGUCCUCCUCUUCUGAGACUACUACUACCGAGGAGAUUAUUACUGAGGCCUUCUCCUCCAACAAGAUUGACAAGGAGUUGUUCACUGUCACUAGCGUCUUGAUCCAGCAGUACACUACUGAGCACCGCUGGAAGGAUGCCACCCGUGUUAUCAAGAAGGCGCUCCAAGGUCUCUGGCCUACUCUAUUUGCUCCCUCCAUUGAGGAUGUUGUUCUGCCCGCCCAAAACGCCGACCAGGCUAUUGAGCUUGCUGAGCGCCUCGGCCAAUGCUACCACUACCGUCGUCGUUUCCCUCGUGAGGAGAACAUUCGCAUUCGCGUCUACCGCUCUGUCAGCGCCGUUCGCCCUGUCGAUGACAAGGUGCGCGAGCGUGUUACCGAGGCCCUAGUCCGAUACUUUGAGCGCUCUUCCCAGCCUGACAAUGUCAUCUCUACCCGCCAGGAGGUGCUGGAGCACUACAUCAAGCACUAUGGUCCUGAGCACGACAUUGUUAUCAAGGCUCUUUGGACCCUGGCUGAGCUCACUCGCCCUCGUCCUAUCUUCGUAGAAUACUACCAGCGUAUUAUCCAGGCUCUGAACAAGGGCUCCCCUACCUGCAAGCCUCAAGCUUUGGAGCCUUUGAUUCUUGUUGCUACUGAGCUUUGGAACCAGAGCCGCUACUCCGACGCUGUGCCAUACUUCACUCUGCUGUUCACUACUUUCCUGAACCAGCCCAAGCAGCCUCGCUUCGAGAACACCUCCUUCAUCCAGGAGAUCUUCACUCGUUACACUCACUGUUUGCGCUCCAUUCACACUAAGUACACUGACAUCCACAAGAUCACCGUGGACUACCAGGCGAAGGUCAAGGCUGUGUUUACCGCUACUGCCUCGAUUACUAUCCAGGCCACUCUUACCCUUGCCAAGGUCUGCCAGGAGUCUAAGCGCUACGAGAGUGAGGCUGUGACCCUUUACGAGGAGCUGCUUAAGAUUGGAUCCAAGGAGAUCGAUCUUGAUGAGAUCUCUGCCACUUUGGAUGGAAUCUACGAAGAGCAGACAACCAUCGCUACCAAGUCCGAAUCUGUCUCCAAGCAGCAAAUUGAGACUGCCUCCCGCGUUCUGCGCAAGCGAAUCACCACCACCCGUGAAACUCACGGUUGGGCCCACAAGGACUCUCUGAUCAAGAUGGAGGAGGUCGUUUCCUUCCUCCACAAGCACAGCUCCUCUGAGUCUGUUACCAAGGAGCUCAAGGAGUCUACUGUGAACAUUCUUCAGCAGGAGUCCUCUUCUACUCAACUGGUGUCAGCUGCCAUUGCCAUUGCGAGCAGCUACAUCGCCACCAGCCAGGUUCACAAGGCAACCGAGAUGUCUGAGGAGCUCUACCGCCAGGUUGUCAUGAAGGACACUACCAACACCAAGACCUCCCAGUUCGACCUGACCUCUAAGGGUCGCCAGAGCCUCGUCUUCCUUGCUCAGCUUGAGCACAGCCUCCGCCAGCAGACUACCAGUGUCACCGAGAUCCUUGCUUCUCUAACCACUCAGUACGUCUACUUCCAGGAGUUCCGCAGCUACACCUCCAGCAAGACCGCUUCUUUCCACAGUGCCACCCUGUCCGCUUCUCGUCUGUACUACUUCCUGCGCAGUGCCAACCAACAGGCUGCCGCCACUCGUGUCUUCGAUGAGUUCGCUGCUUACUUUGUGGCCACUGAGGGCAAGCGUACCAAGGUCACCGACGCUGCUCAAGUGAAGGUCUUCCUUACUGUCAUCCUGGAGCAUUUCACCACUCACCAGUCCUCUAACUUGGUUCGCUCUGUUGGUAUUGCUGCUAACCUCAACGUGCUGAAGUACCUCGAGGAGCAGCGUUACGAGGAAGCUGCCAACCUUGCUCGUGCUGCCUUCCUGUAUAUCUCUGCCCACGGUGAAUUCCGUACUCCUGCGAUCGUCAAGUUCGUUUUCACUCUGGGUAUCUCCAUCUCCGGUCGCACUACCACCCAACAGCCCGAUGCUGCCAUCCAGAAGAACCUCCUCAAGGUGUCUGGCGACAUCAUCAAGGUUGUCCUUCAAGUCAUCAGCGAUCUCAAGAUCGAUCUCUCCCAGAUCAGCCUGUCCUACUUGAACAUCUUGAUUGCCCUCCUCAGUGGACAGAAGGAUUACAAGACCCUUGUCUGGCUCCUUGCCAGCCUGUGGAACAGCCGCAAUAAGCAGGUCACUUGGCCCGCGCAUGUCACCCUUGGCCUUGCCCGUCGCUACAUCAUCGCCCGCUACCUUGUCGAUGAUCACCUUAAGGCUGCUCGUCUUGCCGAGGAUAUCCUGUACAACUGCCGCCGUGUCAACGGUGCCAGCCACUCCAGCACUCUGGAGAUGUCUGCUCUGCUGACCCAGCUGUACACUGGUAUUGCCCAGCGCUACCAGGGACAGAAGGGUGGCCAGCAUCUGGGCAACAAGUACUUCAAGAAGAGCGCUUCCGUGCACGAGAACCUUCUCCGUGUCUUCGUUGACCCCGCUUUCGCCGAGUUGGAGGGUGGCCUCGACUCCAGCUUCAGCAUGGAUGGCUCUGCCUAUGAUCUGAACAUCGAGGAGUCUCCUAACGGUUCCGCUAUCUCUGAAGGGGAGCACGUCCGUCAGCACCUCCAGCUGCUCAAGCUGUCUCUCCAGCGUCUGGGUGACUGGCCUAAGGAGUACAGUGAAUACGAGACUCUCAACGCUGAUCUCUUCCUUGCGUACGCUGACGACCUGAAGGGUGUUGAGGGUGUCGAGAAGUGGAACCUGAAGAGCUUCGGCUCUGGCAAGGCUUCUUCCAAGGAUGACAUUCUUGACUUGGAGACCGUUUCUUGGGAAAUUGAUCUCACUCAGUCUGCCGCCCAAAUUGAGGAGGAGCUGUAA